AUGGGGGACCAGGAGCAACAGGAAACGAUGCCAAGCGUGGUAGAGUUGAACGUGGGCGGCGUCUUCUAUACCACUGCUCUGACUACAUUAACCCGCGAGAGCGAUUCGCACCUGGCGGCACUCUUCACUGGCAAAUCCACCGUGGAGAAGGAUGCCAAAGGCAAAUAUUUUCUGGACCGCGACGGCGUACUCUUCCGUUAUGUAUUAGACUUUCUGCGCAAUCAGGCGCUCGUUUUACCCGAGGGCUUUCGCGAACGCGAGAGACUCAAACAGGAGGCGAAUUUCUACGGUCUGCCUGGUUUAGAGAAGGCAAUUUUGGAGAAUACAGACUCCGGCGGACAAAUUGGCGGCGCAAUUGGUAAACGCACACCAGGAUACAUCACCAUUGGCUAUCGGGGCAGCUUUGCCUUUGGCCGCGAGGGUCUGGCCGACGUCAAGUUCCGCAAGCUCUCGAGGAUCCUCGUGUGCGGCCGCGUGGCACUCUGCCGGGACGUUUUUGGCGAAACACUGAACGAAAGUCGCGAUCCUGAUCACGGCAUGUCUGAUCGCUACACAUCACGUUUUUUCCUGAAACACAGCGUCAUCGAACAGGCCUUCGAUAUGCUGCAGGAGCAGGGCUUCAGACUAGCGGGUAGUUGUGGCUCCGGUACCGCCGGGAGCAAUUCCGAGCAACUGAAACCCGGAGUGGAUUCCGAAGAGAAUCGUUGGAAUCAUUAUAAUGAGUUCGUCUUCGUGCGCGAUUAA